AUGGAUAUCUUUCGAAUCCUCAGUCGAGGGGCACAAGUAAAGAACACCAAGAAAGCGCUGGGAGAGUUUACCCAGCCGAAGAAGGCGGUCGAUCACGAGGCAAAGAAAGAGGAGCAAUUACAAUGGGAGGUUGAUAAGGAGCUCGACUUUUUCCACACGAAGAAGCAUGCCCCUGCUCCCCACAUCGAACGCAGAGAGGAUAAGGUGGAAGAAGAGGUUGACGUUCCUCUCACUAUCAAAAAUGAAGAGGACGCCGAAGUAUUGCGUACUGCUAAUAAGAUCAAGGUCACGGGUGAUGAUAUCUCCCUCCCAAUUGGGUCAUUCUCUGACUUGAAAGGUCGUUACCAAUUCGACAAGCGGGUGCUCACUAAUCUUUUGGAAGCCCAAUUUAUCGAGCCCACCCCGAUUCAGUGUCAGGCGAUCCCCGUGGCGAUGGACGGUCGCGAUGUGAUCGGCUGUGCACCCACUGGUUCGGGUAAGACGUUAGCGUUUUUGAUCCCGCUUGUACAAUUGCUUCUCAACACCACCCCUGACACCAAAGAUCACGGUGUCAGAGGACUCAUCAUUUCCCCCACCAACGAGUUGGCGAUUCAAAUUUUCCAACAACUUGAGACUCUUGUCAAGGGGAAGAACAAGCAGUUGCGGGUGGCGUUGGUGCUGAAACUGUUAGCUCUGAGACUCAAAGAAGGCCAGGUGCCGGGCAGCAAGUACGAUGUUCUUGUCUGCACUCCUCUCAGACUUAUUGACUUGGUGAAAGCUGAGUGUCUCGAUCUCAGUAAGGUCCAGCAAAUUGUGAUUGAUGAAGCGGAUAAGUUAUUUGACCAAGGGUUUGUCGAGCAAACUGACGACAUUUUGUCACACUGCACUCUGCCGAAGUUGCGCAAAUCGAUGUUUUCUGCUACCAUUCCUCUGGGGGUGGAAGAAAUGGCUCAUUCGAUUAUGAGAGAUCCUAUCCGUAUCAUCGUUGGUCGCAAAGAGGCUGCUUCAAAUACCAUUGACCAAAAGUUGGUGUACACCGGUAACGAAGAAGGUAAGCUUCUCGCCAUUCGCCAGAUGAUUCGCGAGCUGGAGUUUAAGCCACCGGUGAUUAUUUUCCUUCAACUGAUCCCUAGAGCGAAGGCGUUAUACCACGAACUUGUAUACGAUCGACUUCGUGUUGAUGUGAUUCACGCUGAACGUACUCCCAAACAAAGAGAAGAGGUCAUCGAGCGCUUCAAGAAGGGAGAUAUCUGGGUGCUCAUUACUACCGAUGUGUUGGCUCGUGGUGUUGAUUUCAAAGGGGUGAAUUUAGUGAUCAACUACGAUGUUCCGCAAACCGCUCAAGCUUACGUCCACAGAAUUGGUAGAACUGGGAGAGGUGGCAAGGUGGGGCGGGCUGUGACCUUUUUCACCAAGGAAGAUAACUUGGCAGUCAAACCCAUUAUCAACGUGAUGAAGCAGAGUGGCUGCGAGCUGGGGUAUCUGGAGUGGAUGAACAACAUGACCAAACUUUCCCUGCGAGACAAGAAGGAUAUCAAGAAAAAGGAAAUUGAACGUAAGAAGAUCACUACCGUGCCUCAAGUGGUUCGCAAAAAGAGAAAGCAGCGAGAGGAAAUGAUCGAGGCUCUGAAGAGACGCAAGCACAUGGAGGCAAAGGCAAAUUCCCAACAUGACAGUGACGAUGAGUAA